AUGAAAUUCCUGAUUGGAAAUCUACAGCUCAAAGUCUAUUUGGCUUUUGCUAUUCCCCCACAUCGCAUUCAUUACCCUAUGUAUUUUGUUAUUUUAGUUAAUUUGUCAUUUUACAAUAUUCAUUACUCCUUUACUAUGGAAUCUAUGUGUAUGGAAACACCAGAAGCUGUCUCCACUUCCUCUGCCAUGUCCUCGACGCCGAAUGCGGCCAUGACAACUGUUUUGGGAACCAGUGUUUACCCUUAUGAGGAUCCUGAUACAACCGAGAUUUUCACCCUUCAAGAUGGCAAGGUAGGUUCCUUGAGUGGUCUGAACCAUACGCUGCUCCAAGAACUUGGAGAUGAGUGGGACGUUACAACAAUAAGUUAUGAAUAUAUUGGUGAUGAUGCAGAUGCUAUUGGAUCAUGGUUUUGGUUUCCGAUUCGCUGGACAUUGGUCACAACUGGGGAACUAGUUGUUGGGGUUAUUGGCAUCAUUGGCAACCUCUUGGUAGUCAUCGUUCUCUUUCAGCGUCGAGCUAAGAGCCGAUCCACUGACACCCUGAUAGGCGCACUAGCGGUUGCCGAUCUUCUUACCUCGGUUGGGUUGCUUCCCACACCAUAUGCUAAAGCUGUCCCGCUAUCCUGGUUAGGGCAGUUCUACUGCAUGAUGGUCUGGUCUCCGCUCUACAUGUGGGUGUGGGCCUUCAUGUCGAGUUUCUUGCUGACUGCAAUCUCAGUUGAGCGCUACAUCGCGGUCUCACACCCCAUCUAUUUCAGCAGGAUUUUGACCAGACGCCGAGUCUCUGAGGUAGUUGUAAUUUUGUGGAUCUGCGCAAUGAUGGCAUGCAUCCCCCAAGCCUUCAUUAUCACUGUGGACAAGGUACAUCAUCGGUGCGCAGUUAGGAGAAUGUCUCACGAGCUUCAGACGGCAUUUGCUUUCUACGUAACAACCAUCCAGUUGUUCAUACCGGCAACUAUCAUGGUCGUCACUCAAACCUUAAUUGCUGUCAAGCUCAAAGCGCAGUCCACGCGUUUCGAAGGUUCUAAGACCUAUCAUCAAGCAGCUAGCAAAGCCGUCAUUAAAAUGAUGUUCAUGGUCAUAGUGGCGUACAUCAUCUGUUGGACACCUAACAGGUUUCUCCUCUUGAUUACAAGAUUGUUCCGUCUUAAGCCCCAGACGAAAAGCCCGAUUUCCGAGGGGUUCAUCGUACUUGCUGCUGUCAACUCAAGCAUCAAUCCGAUCAUCUACAGUAUCCGUUAUCAAGAGUUCCGCCAGGCUGUCAAGGAACUUUUCACGAUGAAGGAGGUUCGAAAUUCAUCUAUGUUUGACGAUCCAAUCAACAUUAACACCAACUCUACGAACGAUGGCUCUGUCUAA